AUGCUACGUGACUACAAAAGAAGUGUUCGACACGGAGGCGACUUUAACAGAAGGAUAAAAUCAGAUCUAACCCAAUAUUUACAAAUACAUGGCAGACAAUGUGAAAUUCAUUUGGACGAGGACAUAGCUGCAGCGGCUGAUAACGCUGGGAUGUUGCCAUGGCAGGGAGAUAGCGACAAUCUUAUAGAUAGAUUUGAUGUCAGGGCCCAUUUGGAUGAUUUACCAAAGCUACAAAAAUCUAACGAAGAAAAACUCACCCAAGAAGAAAAAAAUCUUAACUAUGAGAGGUAUCGGGUCAUUGCUCAAAAUUCCUUUUUAGGUAUACCAGAGGAACAAUUUUUAAACCAGUUACAUUUGAAAGAACAAUGGGGAGACACCGAAAUUAAGAGUAAAAAAAAUGUUGGAGCUACCAUUGGAUACAAUUACGAAGAUUCGACUGGCAUGGCGGUUGGAGGAAUGGAAGAAUCAGAAGAAGAGAACUUAGAUAGUAAGUUAUAUGUUGGUUGGGAAGUAAACGGUUUCAACAUGGACCCUGCACGAGUUAACGAUUUGAAUAAAUAUGGUCGUAGUUAUGGUAUGGGCUCAAAUGAUUUUUACUUGUUUUUAAUUAACGACUUAAAAGAAACGGAUGAAGUUAAGCUGAUAACAGAAGAAGAACUAGAGAUAGCUUUAUUUUCGGGAAGAGAAUCACGCAAAGAAAGAAGAUACCUUAAACAAAUUAGAUUAGCUAAUAGAACAUUAAGUCCUCUUAGCUACGCAGCUAAGGUUUCUCCUACUCCCAAUUUUCUUAAAAGCAGGUAUAAAUCAAAUUCUAGAUCACCUUCUCCAGAAAACUCUGAAAAAAUUACUUACAUCACAUGCUUUGGGGAAGAAGAGGAAACUUCAUCCAGUAGUACAGCUACUUCUACAAGUAAAGCAAAAUCUAAAAAUAAAACAUGCAUGAAAAAGCAUCGAUCGCGGUCCAAAAGUAAAGGCCGAGGUUGUAACAAAUCAAAAGAUAAUACAAGUAGGAGAAGCAGAUCGAGAUCUAAAUUAAAGUUAGGUGGUAGUACUAGUUCUGAUCUUGAUAAAAAUAAUUUAAUUAAAAAUUCUGUAGAUCACAGUUCUAUCAAACCUGUAGUAGUUUCUCCAAAGAUUAUACCCAGAUAUUAUGGUAGAAGACGGCCUGACGAGACUUCGUCAAAACUUUCCAGUGAUAUUGAACAUAAACCUAAAGCAGAAAACGUUACCGUUGGCUUAAGGAAUAGCUCAAAUAUACGCACCAAUCCAAAACAAAGUACAUCUCUGAGAAUUGCAGAGCGAUUUAAACGAAAAAGGCAAGAUUUAUUAAACAGACAAUUCGAAGCAGAUAAAAAAGCGGAACAAAUAAAAACUGAAAGAGAACGGUUAAAACAGCAGACAAGGGAAAUUGAACUACAGGAGAUGCUUUUAAAAUUGAAGAAACGACUAAGAGAAAAGCGACGUGCUAAUUAUAGAGUCAGUUUUAAAGAGAGCGGUAGCAGUAAUCGCCUGUUGUUUAGUAAACAACAUUCAAAAAAUCCUAUUUGCGAAAAUGACAAAAAUAAUAAUUUAAAUUUAAAAAAUAUAGAAUUUAAAGGCGACUGUAAUUAUCAUCGAGAUCAAAGAUCUAUCUCACCUACACGUAAAAGAAGUAAUAGCAGAGAUGUUAAGCGAAGUGGAUGGUUAAAAUCGCAGAAAAGAGUACAUGAACCGAGGAAGAUGGCUAGAGAAUUGAGGAGACAACUAAGAGAAAAGCGACGUGCCAAUUAUAGCGUCAAGUCUGAAGAAAGGGGUAGAAGUAAUCACUUAUCGUUUAGUAAAGAACGUGCAAAAAGUCCUAUUCGCGAAAAUGACAAAAAUAAUAAUUUAAAUUUAAGAAAUAUAGAAUUUAAAGGCGACUAUAAUUAUCGACGAGAUCACAGAUCUAUCUCACCUACACGUAAAAGAAGUAAUAGCAGAUAUUUUAAGAGAAGUCGAUGGUUAAAACAGCAGGCAAGAGAACGUGAACCACGGAAGACGGCUAGAGAAUUGAGAAAACGACUAAGAGAAAAGCGACGUGCUAAUUAUAGCGUCAGUUCUAAAGAGAGCGGUAGAAGUAAUGGCUUAUCGUUUAGUAAAGAACGUGCAAAAAGCCCUAUUCGCAAAAAUGACAAAAAUAAUAAUUUAAAUUUAAGAAAUAUAGAAUUUAAAGGCGACUAUAAUUAUCGACGAGAUCACAGAUCUAUCUCACCUACACGUAAAAGAAGUAAUAGCAAAGAUUUUAAGCGAAGUGGAUGGUUAAAACAGCAGACAAGAGAACAUGAACCUCGGAAGAUGGCUAGCGAAUUGAGAAAACGACAAAGAGAAAAGCGACGUGCUAAUUAUAGCGUCAGUUCUAAAGAGAGCGGUAGAAGUAAUGGCUUAUCGUUUAGUAAAGAACGUGCAAAAAGACCUAUUCGCAAAAAUGACAAAAAUAAUAAUUUAAAUUUAAGAAAUAUAGAAUUUAAAGGCGACUAUAAUUAUCGACGAGAUCACAGAUCUAUCUCACCUACACGUAAAAGAAGUAAUAGCAGAGAUUUUAAGCGAAGUGGAUGGUUAAAACAGCAGACAAGAGAACAUGAACCACGGAAGAUGACUAGAGAAUUUAGGAAACGACUAAGAGAAAAGCGACGUGCUAAUUAUAGCGACAGUUCUGAAGAGAGUAGUAAAAGUAAUCCCUUGUCGUUUACUAAAGAACAUGUAAAAAGUCCUUGUAGCGAAAAUGUCAAAAAUAAUGAUUUAAAUUUGAGAAAUAUAAAAUUUAAACGUUACUAUAAUUAUCGACGAGAUCUCGACUAUCCGCAAAAGAAGUAA